GUGUGUGUGUGUGUGUGAGUGUGCAGUAAUCGUAUUGGCACAGUACUUAAGUGUUAUUGCCCUUUCUCUCAUGUAACACCUAGCGUCAUACAAAGCUCAGUGUUUCAUAUUAUCCAAUGUAUUACAGAAGCCACUAUCAAACAACGCGCUGAGUUACUGAAACCACUGUCAUAGCAACACUGCCCAUUGUCACAUAUUAUCAGCAGCAUCGCAUCCCCCGCUGCCUCACAAUACAGCAGCAUCACAACAUCGAGUGUAUUCAACGGCAUCCAGUGGCAGAGAGAGAGCCCUGAGCUUCCUGCGUGGCGUGCUGUGUGAGUGCAUGCAGCCCCCAUUUAUUACCCAGGCCUCAGUGUCUCCUCCAUCUGUGUUACAAUAUGCAACAUGUGACUAUACCCGACUUUCUCUCGCUCCCAACGUCCCGGCGCAGGUGUGUGUAUGUUUGUGUGUGUUGGUAUUAAGUGUGCCAUGGCAGUGCAGCAGGGUUCAGUGUGUGAGGUUAUCAGUGUGUUCGGGUGCCUAUGUCAUAUCGCGAGGAGUGCUAUAGUGCCAGUUGUCUAAAGUGUUCAGUGUCCUCUGAUUCCCAGGGUGACAGUUGCUUGCUCCUUCCAGUCCCCAGUAUGGCACAGUGCCUGUCGAGUCCAAAGUCCCUGGUGCCUGGAGGUCUCGUGUGCCUCCAGUACCGGCGCGUGGCGUGUCUGCCGAGGGAGUCCACACACACCCGGCCAGCACGCCCUCAGCCUCAGCCUCACAUGAGCAACACGCCUCCAUAAUGCUGGCCUGCCCAUGACCCGUCCACUACAUUCAGGGUACAGAGUCCACAUUGUUCCGCGUACAAUUAAUGUUCCUCCACACGCAAGUAAGCCGUAGAUGCACAUGUGUGAGUACGUUCAUGUGUACCUACGGGCGGCCGUGUGCAAGGGUGGUGAGAGUCGUGCAUUCCUGUAGGGGUGCGUGGCGGAGUGAGGCGAGAGAGGGAGCGGGGGCAGCACUGGCCGCGUGUGUCGGCUUCGUACGUUGGGGGCGUAUUCCCGGCCGACUCUCAUCGACGAUUGGCCGGCGCGCGCUGAAUGGGCGAGGUUUCCGUGGCACCGCCCACCCGGGAGAGAUUACAUCGCAAAUGUUGUGUGUGUGUGCGAUGCUCGGGCAGGCUGGAGUCCGGAGUCUUAGUGGUGUUCUAUUUGGACCGGCCGUCAGUUGUGCUGAGGGUGCGCGGGUUGGCCCGUCCUGCAGCCGUUGUGAGCGUUAGCAGGAACCACCUCUGUCUGUCCUCUGUCCGCGUCUGUCCCGCCGAGUGGUGAUAGUUGUGUCGAGAGGAAGGAUUGAUAAAGAGAGACUCGCAGUUGCAAGUAAUCACCGAAAUGUAGCAAAAGAGGCGCCUGGUGAGCACCCAAGGUCCCGAUGAAGAGGCCCGCACGGCUGGUGGGUCGACACUCACUCUGUUUAUCUCUGAGCCCCGCGCAGGAGCCCUUGCCCGUCCCGGCCGCAGCCACAGGCCGCACCUCCCCUUGACAGUACCGUUCUCGAGAAUACGUGAACCCGAGCAGUGAGUCACAAUGGAUAUGAGUGGCAUGGAUCAGUCGGGGCAGGCGGCCGCGGGAGGCUACAUGAACCGCUGGUACGACGGCUCGGAGGGCGGCCACUCAGGCCUCCACCAGGACUACUACAACAGCAUGGCACAGGCGAUGCACUGCGCCUACGGCAACAAUAUGGCCGCACGCAUGGGCUCCGGUCAGGUGUUCCGGCCACACUUCGCCUCGCCGCUCCACCCGUGGCUGGGCGGCGACAAGACAAUGGUGGGCGGCUCCUCCCCCUCCUGGCACUCCCCCUUCACCAAGCCUCCUCACUACGCCCACGCCCACUCCUCCUCGUCGCCGGCGCCACACUCCAACUCCUACUCCUACACGUCCUCGGGCCUCUUCGCUUCAGCCUUCACAAAGGACGAAACAAUGGCGGGCGGCGCGGGCGGCGGCGGCCCCGUCACCGACUACUCCAUGGCGGGGGGCGGCGACGGGUCCGACCUCAAGAGCGCGCCCAUGCUGUCCCCGCUGAGCGCCUGUGCCAACAAGAGUGGGCGUGAAGGUGCGGGUUAUUCCUCCAACGCGGGGGUCAGCGGGGGCGGAGGGGAGGCCUCGGCCACCCCCCUCCUGCCCUCCUACCCCCCCUACCCUGGCUCCCUGGGCGGGGGGUCAGAGUUCCCCAACCCCUACUACCCGCCCUCCUCACACUUCAACAAGGCGCUGGGCCACGACAAGCCAAAGUCCAAGCCGCGCUCCUCCGCCGAGGGCCGUGAGUGCGUCAACUGCGGCGCCACGUCGACGCCGCUGUGGCGACGCGACGGCAACGGCCACUACCUGUGCAACGCCUGCGGCCUCUACUACAAGAUGAACGGACAGAACCGGCCCCUCAUCAAGCCCAAGCAGCGCAUGUCGGCCCAGCGGCGGGCGGGCACCAGCUGCGCCAACUGCAAGACGACGACGACCACGCUCUGGCGACGCAACCAGAACGGCGAGCCAGUGUGUAACGCGUGCGGCCUCUACUACAAGCUGCAUAACGUGCCUCGCCCGCUGUCCAUGAAGAAGGAAGGCAUCCAGACCCGCAACCGCAAGCUGAGCUCCAAGUCCAAGAAGAAGAAGGGAAUGCUCGGCUUCCCGGACAUGCUGAAGCCCCUGGACAAGGGCGGCUUUGGCGGCUUCGGCACCGGCGGCUCCGGGUUCGGCUCCAUGUCCCACUACAUGUACGGCGGCCAGAUGCACGGCUCCUCCAUGGCGGGCGGCUUCAUGUCGGCGCCGCCCAUGCACGGCAUGUCGGCCAUGUCUGGCGUCGGCCUCGGCCUGUCCUCCACUUCACAGAUCCAGAUCCCCUCCGCGUCCAGCCUAGGACUCUCGUCAUCAAACAGUAUAGUGGGCGCGAUGGCCUAGGGACACGCCUCCGCCGACGGCCGCAGCAGCCUGCUUGCCAGUCUCAGCCGCGAAGGCGUCGCUGCCUUUACGUCCGCCACCCAGCACAUGGAGGCGGCGGAUCAGCAGCCCUCCUACAGCGGCGCCCACCUCUACCACGCCCAGAGCAUCUCGGAGGGCAGAGGCGGGCUCGGACAGGCAGGCUGCGGAGACACAGGGCUCAGCGGUGGGUACCACGGGUCUAUGCCCUCCCACCUGCCCUCCUCGUCAGGCGCCACCUGAUGCGGUGCUCGCAGCCGUCGCGCGGACCAAUAGCACAGCCCAGCCGGCGUCCAAGUCUUUCAGGUGCUAGUGAUAGGCAGUGUGUCCAGGGUGUGUCACAACACUCUCAAUACUCCGGCGUACUACUCACCUCAUUCCACUGACACUGUGAUUAUUACCUUACUGAGGUCACUAUUUAUUCGAGGAGAGCCACAAGCAGGACUGGUCCCUCGAGGACUGCAGGACCAAGUCAUCUGCUCCGCCGCCUCGUCCUCAGCGGAGGUGACCGCGGAAAUCCUAACGCAACUUUGCCGGUGCGGUAGCGUGCCCCAGGACUGGACCCUCGGCGCAAAGUUGAGUCGCAUCUCAUGACUCCCGCAGUGGUGGCGGGUAGUGUGCAGUCCUCAUCUUUCUCUUCUCUACUCUGCACAGUGACGAGUUCGGACUUUUAAGUCCAGUUUUAGAAGACUCAGAUUAACCCCGGGCUUUUAAAGUCUAUUUCUGAUAUUAGUAGUAUCUACUAAACAAUAAAUAACUUGUAAAACAUGAGCAGGACGCUCCCCAGCCCGGCCUGGGGCGACUGCCUGUCUGAGGCGCACGUGGUGCGUUGAGCACGACGAGCGACGUGUAGAUAAGUGACUGAAUGUAAAUUUGUUUAUCUCUAUAAUUACUAGUCGGCUAUUUUUAUCAUAACGUGUUUCCUUACUGUAUUACCCUGGCCAAAACGUUUCAACAUGUUGAAUGAAUUUCACAAAUAAGUUUACUUAGUCCGUUAGAGUACUUCUGCUUUGUUAUACACUACACUGUACAGGCAUUGGUGUCACUCUUCAAUACCUGAACAACACGCAUCGGGAGAGUGUGAGGCGGGCGGGGCGGCGGGCACGUGGCGGGCGGCCCGCCGCGUGCCCGCCGCCACUCGGGGACGUCGUCCUGGCCAGGGUAAUGGACGUUUCUGUGGUUUCUGGAAUAUUUAUGUAGUGCGCGACGAUGCUUUCUCUGUAAAGUGUCUCAUUUGUUUAAACCAUAAAUAGCAUUGAGAGGAGUCUUGCAUGUCUUGUGAAGUAAACGCCGGCACACCGCCUGCCCGCCCCGGGCAGGGCCUCGCUGACGUGCCGCGCGGCGCACAGUGCACGCGUUGAUGUCACUCUUGUAACAUUUUACUGUGAGGGGGAGACCGCCUCCUCCUCGGUGCAAGGAAUCAGUGUUUACAACAGGACCAUGGUGUGUCAGGCCAGAGUGAUGUACAGUGUGCAGGCGCCUCAACACAGCACUGUUGGUUCAUCACCGCCGCCAGUGUGGCAACGCCAACGACACCCCGACACGACAAAACCAAGGAAUUUCCAGCGCUCUGCCUUACCGCUCCGCUCUGUUGUUUGCGUCAAGUUCUCGGAUAAAACAGUGAACGCAUCUUGUUUAUCUCCUUUGGUGUCAUGAACCCCGCUGCCCCUCACAACAUUGUGACAAGAAUUUUCACCACCUCGUAAGUACAACGUUUGUGAUUAUAAAACAAAAAUUACAUCCCUUUCCAAUCAAUAGUUUUUACUCCCGCAUCCACACUCAGCCUCAGAAAAUACUAGAACGUUAAAAAAGAUUAUAUCUGAAAAUAACAACGAACACAAAAUCUAAACAAUAUGUGUAUAGAAGAAAUGGCAUCACAGUAUUUAUGUUUUGAUUUAAUAAAGAUUUGUAUA